AUGAACACUCAUGUCGACGACAACGCCGGACGAGCAGCCUACGUGGUCUCCUCCUCCAUACAAUAUUUCACAACGUCCCCAUCUUCAAGAAACCACACCAUCAUGCGAUUCACCAUCCAGCUUCGUUCGAAUAGCAAAAUGGUCGGACCUCGUUGCAUUUCCAAGCCUGUUCGCUCACAAAUGCUCAAAGAUAACUACUACAGGUGUCCAGAUGGAUCUUUGGUUCUCACUCAGUGUGAGGAUAGGACGUAUAGGAUGAUGCGUUUCUCUUCCUUGCAUUUGAACGAGCCCUCUCCAGUGGGCGACUCGACCUCCAGCUCACGCUCGACCCCUACCUUUCUGACCCUCCAACAACCUGCUCCCAUAGUCGAUUUCCUAUGGUAUCCGACUGCUUCUCCAGAAAUCCCAGCAUCAUUCUGCUUUGCUUCAUCAGUACGAGAUUCUCCAGUGAAGCUAUUGGACGCCUCGAAUGGGAGGCUUCGAGCUUCAUACCCAAUCAUUGACCAUGUUGAACGUUUCGUUGCUCCCCAGAGCAUGGCAUUCAACCCAUAUGGCACUCGACUCUACUGCGGGUUUGAAAACGCCAUCGAAGUCUUCAACGUCAGCCAACCCGGGGAAGGGUCGCGUUUGAUGACGACUCCAAAUAAACAAAGUAAAGAUGGGUUGAAAGGUAUCAUCUCGGCGUUAGCUUUCUGUCCAUCAUACGGAUCCGACUACUUCGUUGCUGGAUCCUUAACACCGAACAAAUCCAACGUAGCAGUCUUUAGUGAAACUAGAGGGGAGAUUCCCGUCAUGUUCUUGGGUAGUGAUUUCAGAGCCGGCAUUACACAGCUGAUGUUCAACCCAAUGCGGCCACAUCUCUUAUACGCUUCAUUUCGAAGACGUACGGAGAUUUUAUGUUGGGAUUUACGCACGAGGGUGGACAUACCGUGGAAGAUAUAUUCUUCUUCGCAUAGAGAAACGACAGAGGACUUGACGAACCAGAAAAGACGAUUUGACGUUGAUAUCAGUGGAAGAUGGUUGACUAUUGGUGGGCAAAAUGGAGUGAUAUCGAUUUUUGACUUGAAUGAACCGGAAGACGGAAUAGAUCAGCAAUAUUACGAGGAGCCGGUGAGGGUCUUUCCAUCGUUAGCCUUUGAAGCACACAAAGACUCUAUUACGAACACGACAUUCCGUCCCACAUCAUCGCAUCUCCUAUCUAUAUCCGGGUCGAGAUACUUCUCCGUCGAAGACGUUGAAGAUUCAAAUGAAGAGGAUGAUAUUAUUCGCUUCAAGCGAACCAGACGAGAACCGGUUGUUAAAGAUGGGUCGAUCAAACUGUGGAAGUUCUAG